UGCAAAUUGCAAGUUUCAAGCAUGCGCAGUGAGAUCAAGAUGUAGGACCAAACCUGUGCAGCACAAGCAACUUCUAAAAUCACUCAUCGCAAUAAUACAUAUCUACAUACAAUGGAAGAAGAAAAUGAGACUGUUAAAAUGAGACUUCAAACUGGUUUAGCUGAUUUUACUUCACUAACUAGACAACUGCUAGAAGCUGUGAUUAGAGAGGGCAAGAUAUCCGGAGAGCAAAAUGCACAAUCCGUAACCACUGUAAUUGAUAAACUCAUUGAAAGAAAUUCCGAAAUACAAGCUCUCGCAGACACAGCCAUUGAGAUGCGAUCCAAGCAAGAUGACAUUGACAGAGUGGCGGGUGAGCUGGAGGUCAAGGAGAGAGAACUCAUGAGCCUUCAAGCCAAACUGCAGGAAGCUGAGAAAAUUCUGGAAGAGACCGUGUACCGAGGUAGGCAGAAGCUAGACUCCAUAUUGACUGCCAAAAAUGGUGCAGUGAGUCCAGAGCUCCUCAUUCGCUACGCCCAUCGCAUCAGUCAAGCCAGCUCCACUGUCUCCCCUGUUGGAUGGCAACCCAAUGAUCCCCGGCGACCCUUCCCUCAGGAUAUAGAGAUGCGUAGUGGACACCUUGGGAGACUAACGUCUGGGCAGGAGGCGGUGGUAGGAUCAAAGGUCAACGACGGCAGUACUGACGUUAGUGCCAGGAUGCAGGUAACAGGCUGCAUUAGUAUGGCUGCCACAACUAUAAAGGAUGCAUUCUCAGUUCACAACUCAUACCUCAAUUUAUCAAAAAACUGAGAGACUGUUAACUCAAGACUAAAGUUGCAUCAUGACCCGAGUAGACAGUGCUAGAGUAAAGAAGUAUGCCAAGAUGGCCUACACUCGAUUCGAUAUGUGUGUCUCCACACUCUUCUCCCCGUUUGCUGGAGUGCUA